ACGGUCAGAGACUGCGGACAUACUACAGGAGAUGGUCAUAGACUGUAGACAUACUACAGGAGAUGGUCAGAGACUGUAGACAUGAUACAGGAGAUGGUCAGGGAUUACAGGCAUACUACAGGAGAUGGUCAUAGACUGUAGACAUACUACAGGAGAUGGUCAGAGACUGUAGACAUGAUACAGGAGAUGGUCAGGGAUUACAGGCAUACAUUAGGAGACUGUCAGAGACUGCAGACAUACUGCAGGAGAUCAGAAACUGCGGACAGGAUACGGAAGUCUGUAGACAGGAUACA